AUGGCCGCAGCGGAUAUUAUUUCCCGCCCGCCGUUGGGCGGCACGUCUGUUCGCGACGCUAUUGAUAUAUUACUGCAUGAUGACAAUCAAGGACAGCGGAAGCGCAUGUUGGUGCUGGAGCUGAACACACUCCUGCAGAACACGGAGUUCGCCGAGCAGUUUCUCGAGGAGGACGGGCUGAAUAUUCUUCUUCAUCAAAUACGAACAGCGAGCGGUAACUUGCAGGCGGCAAUGCUCAGCGUUCUCCGCAAUCUUCUCGUCUACGUGAAUGCCGUUGAACAGAUCGCCGAGUCGCCGGAGCUCGUGGAGCGCAUUUACGGUUUGUUGGUCCCACCGCCGGACGGCACGGCCGUUCCACUCAAUAUUGCCAAACCAACACUCGAAACUCUUAUUGUGAUCUGCGGAAUGGUGGAGGGCGGACACAAAUUAAUUAACCGCGCGGCGAAGAAACGUGUGGGUGUUGGGAUGUUGCCAUACGCCCCGCUGGUGCCACUGUUGAGCAGCGACGACCUCCUCGCCACACACAGCACACUCCUCUUUAUGAAUAUUCUUCUGAAGAAGAAAAAGGAGUUGUCGGAAAUAAAGGCAAAGAAGUUAAUUUUCCGCUGGAAAGAGUGCGGUGCAGUGUCACUGCUGAAACGACUAACCGUUAUUGAAGAUGCGGAUGUAAUGAAACAAUUAUCAAACUUUCAACGACUAUCCAAUCUCACUAUUCCACGUAGUUGGGAAGAGGCAAGUAAAUAUCGAAUGCAGUAUGAAGAGGCAAAACGUAAAUGUGAUGCUGCCAUGGAAACACUUUACGUAUUUCAACAGCAACAGGCAAAAGUGCGGAUGUUAAAGCAGGAGUUAGAGCGUGCACAUGAAACGGUGCGGGCGAUGAGUCUUCUUAUGCCUACAGCUUCAGUGAAUUAUCACCCAGCAAGACGGUUUCGCGCUGGUGGUGGUCUACACAUUGAUACACUGGCCUCUAACAAGAUGGAACCAAUCGAUAUGAAUCAGGCACAUAACGAUAUUGCUGCUACACGUAUGGCACUCGUGCAGAAGUUUAUUACCGCUGAAGAUAUACAACCCAUUGUAACAAAACUCGUCGGUGGACGUGGAGCCGCAGCACAAGGCCUUUACACAGCGGAAGCUAACGGUAUUAACAGUGAUGAUGAGUUACUCGCACCUCCAUCUGAUGAUGAUAUUGAUAAUGAUGAUAUGAUGCCGCCGCCAAGUGAUGAGAGUGACGCACCACCCCCAGACGGCGAGGAGGAGGAUGAGGCGGAAGAGAAUUACCACCACCGCCGCAACAACAACAAUAAUAAUAAUACUACUAAUAUUAAUACUAACAAUACUAAUACUAAUAACAAUAAUAAUAAUAAUAAUAAUAAUAAUAAUAAUAAUAAUAAUAAUAAUAAUAAUGGUAAUAAUAAUCAUGAUAAUAAUGAUGUCAAUAGGAGAGAUGGGACCGCAGCUAACGGAGCAGCAGAAUCAAAACCAUCACAACAGUCUGUGUUAUCAUCACCGCCGCCACCGCCGCCGCCGCCGCCGGGAGGCAAAAAAAGUGCCCCACCGCCACCACCACCGGCGGGUGGAAAGAAAGCACCAACAUCCAUAUCAUCAUCCACAACGAAAACAACACCAGCAGCAUCCUCUCAGAUCUUCUUUAAGGGGCCUGCUCCAACAAAACGGAUGAAACCUCUCCAUUGGGAAAAACUACCACUUUCUGAUGGCGAAGAUUCUGUCUGGGCUUUAGUAAAUAAUGGGAAAACGUGUGAUACCUCCUUUAACUAUGCAGAGUUUGAACAACUCUUCUCUCAGAAGGAAGUUGAGGUGAAACCAUCAGCUCCAGCAAAGCCACAAAAGGUGCUCCUCUUGCGUGAGGAUGUACAUCGAAAUCUCUCUAUUGUUCUACACAAACUUCCGAGUAUCCCCAAUGUACAGCACGCCCUGCUUGAGUUGGAUGCGAAUGUUCUUCCACGCGAGGUGCUAACGGCUAUGCUCGCACAGGUCCCUACAGAUGAGGUACGCACCGCAUUCUUAAAGAAUGCCGGUAAAAAACCAGAAGAGGAGUAUGAACCACAAGAAAAGUAUAUGGCUAUGAUGAUUACUAUGCCUGAAUUUAAACGACGUAUCUCUGCGUGGCUUUUUUCAAUGGAGUGGGAAGAGAGUCGACAAGCUGUUCUGAAACCCAUGCACCGUAUGCGGGAGAGUAUGACAGCUGUGUUGAACAGUAAAUAUUUACCAUAUUUCCUUGGAUUGUUGCUUGGGUUUGGCAAUAUGAUGAAUUACGGUGAUGCCCGAAGAGGCAAUGCUGGGGCAGUGGAUUUAAGUCUCCUUGGCAAAUUGGAGUUGACGAAGGAUAAUAGAGGAAAAAUGUCACUCUUUGCGUAUCUUGUCAAUACUGUAAAGACGCACCUCCCGAAUGCACUGCACAUUGUGGAUGAAAUGAAACCCAUGCUGACAGCGAAUAUUAUGCAAAUCAGCUGGAUAGAUAUUGAGUCUGCUAUUCAAGAGGCAGAGAAAGCAGUGCAGGUGUUUAACAAUAACUGUACGUUCGUUAAGAAAAAAUUAGUGGAACUUGGCACAGACGCAGAAGAUCCAUUCAUCCCAUUUUCUGUGGAGUUUACCAUGCGAGUGACGGCAGAAUUAAAGGAAGUAAAGGAACAAUUUAAUCAACUCGAUCAGACACGCUCAAAGUUCUUGAAGUACUUUGGUAUAAAGGAUGGGAAGAAAAAACCGGAAGAUGUUUUUGCUGAGAUUGUGCCAUUCAUUGAACGAGUGAGGAGAGCCGUUCAGGAUAUGGCGAAAGAAGAGAGACGUAAAACAAAGAAGGGUCAGAAAUUAGGUGAUGGACAAUUCGCACACGUAGUGGAAAGACUACAAGAACAAGUAGUAGUUUAA